AUGCGUAUCAAAGCGAUGCUCGUGGUUACUAUUGCACUUUUCAUCGCCAUACCUGGGCUAAUUCUUCACCUGGUCGCAUUAUUCGGCAAACGUUGGAUUGUAUCAAUACCACGGAAAUCACGUGGUCCAAACGAACAAACACAUUAUUAUGGAUUAUGGACACGAUGCCAAUAUUCUAAUACAUCAUUUGUUAUUCCAGAUAUAUCUUCUCAACCAAACAUAGAAAAUUUUGUUUGUCGUCCUAAUACUUAUCUACGUUAUGAUACUUCCAAUAUUGACAUAAGCAGAAAAUGCUAUGAAAGUCGUCACCAAUGCUCAUCGAUUGUCGGUGUUCAUUCCGAAUGUCGAUGCGAAUACUUGAGUGUAACAAAAAUACAGCAAUGGUGUUCGAUUCUAGCAGCUGUGUUUCUAUGUCUCGCAAUUUUCACGUUGUACCUUCGAAUUAUAACAACAGCAGAAAAUGCCAUUGCUGCACGAAUUUUAAUAUUCGUACCUGUGAUAGCGCUCAGCUUAGCACUGAUAUUGAUGAUUGUUACUAUGGUACUUGUCGGAGCUUUUCUGAGACGUCAUGAAUACGAAGAAUAUGAUGUAAAACUACCUAAGGAAGUUCUUCGAGGAGUAAGAAUUGAGCCAGAAAUGGUUAAUUAUUAUCGCCUGAAUGCUUUCUUCAAAAACAAUCCGGAUGUGAAUUUACGUCGUUAUGUUAUUUCCGCGUUUAAGUCUCUCCAUAGGGAACGUUAUUAUGCUCGUAUUGAUUGAUAUUUAUUUACUGAUUUUUGUAUUCUUAUCAAAUCUAAAAUCAUGCGAAUUCGUGGCCUUAUGCUCGUGUCAAUUAUCCUUCUGUUGGGUAUCAUUGCAUUAACUCUUCAUUUGUUAGCUAUGUGUUCUUCUCGAUGGAAAAUAACUAAACGAGAUCGAGAUCCAGCUAUGGGACCAGUUAGCUAUGGUCUUUGGAAACGUUGUGAAUUCAUCAAUAUGACUAUAAUCAAACAAGGUAUUGCGCUUGGCGUUCGACCUAAUGUCGAAGUGUGUCGACCUAAUCGUUAUAUGCGAUUUUCUCCGGACAAAUUCGAUACAUGUUAUUAUAUCCAUCGUCAAUGUCCAGUUAUGGAAGAUAAUCAAUUACCUGAAGGCUGUUCGUGUCGAUAUUUACCUUCGACUAAAGCUUUACAAUGGUUGACAGUCUUAACAGCUAUAUUUCUCGUUGCUGGGUUACUUUUAAUCUAUUUACGAACCAUCACCACGCCACAAAAUGAAAGUGCGAACUUAAUAUUCAGUUUUGGUCCAUUCAUUUUUUUUCUUCUCGCCUUUCUCUUAAUGGUCACAACUUUAAUCCUCGUUGGUGCUUAUCUUCGACGAGACACUUAUGAAGAUUACACGUUUCCAUUAAAGACAGUUGCUAAUUUCACAGGCCGUCCUCAAGCAUUCGAUUUACACAGUCUUCGUAAUUUUGCCAAACAUAACAAAGAAAGAUUUUCUCAUGACGCUUAUGUCAGUGCUGAAAGAGAACUACGUGACGAUGCGAAUAUGACUUAUCAUACGAAUAUUGGCUGGGCAACUCGUUUUGAAAUUCUUGCUACAGUUUUAAUAUUUAUCGUUACCGGAGCGACAUUUUUACUUGGCUCAAUGUUAAGAUCAGACAGUACUUAA